ACCUCCCCGUUCUACUCCUAGUCCCGGGCUAGGCGGGUACUACCAGGGGCUCCUUCUGUAAGGAGUAUCAGGUGGGCACCCGGUCCUGCCGUUCCACCACUGGAACAGCGAAGGGGAGAGCAGCCAGGCAAGGUCGGACAGAGUUGGGAAGAUCAGACGUCAGCCCCACUGUGUUGGUCUGGGGCUCUUUAAGCAGGAACGUGGAUGGCCUCAAUAUGUCUCACAUGGUUCCACGGGUCCUCCUCCUCCCUUUGUCGCCUACCUCCAGGAAGGCUGCUCUGCCCUUCCUUCCUCUGUUCUUUGGCCUUCUCUUCGCCGCCACAACAGACCUUUUCCCCUUUCUCUCUGCUGACUUAGCAGCACAUUGCGAGUGAAGGAUUAAUCAGUGACAGGAACCUACCUACCUCUCUGGAAGCAGUGACCGGCUGUGGUCAGGAGAGACUCACCCACCUGCAGCUGCCAUGAGGCACCUUGGGGCCUUCCUCUUUCUUCUGGGGGUCCUGGGGGCCCUCACUGACAUCUGUGAAAUACCAGAAGUGGACAUCCAGCUGGUAGAGAAGUUGGGCCAGCGCCUCUUGCCUUGGAUGGACCGGCUUUCCCGGGAGCACCUGAAUCCCAGCGUCUAUGUGGGGCUGCGCCUCUCCAGUGUGCAGGUUGGGACCAAGGAGAAGCUCUACCUGCGCAGCCUCAAGCUUGAUUACCAGCAGUGCCUCCUACGGUCUGCCCUCAGCGAGAAUGACAGUGACUGCCAGGCCAAGCCUUCCAUGGGUCGGCUGUCCCUCUACUUGCUCGCUCUCAGAGCCAACUGUGAGUUUAUCAGGGGCCACAAGGGGGACAGGUUGAUCUCACAGCUCAAGCGGUUCCUGGAGGAUGAGAAGAGGGCCAUUGGGCACAAUCACAAGGGCCACCCCCACACUAGCUACUACCAGUACGGCCUGGGCAUUCUGGCCCUGUGUGUCCACCAGAAGCGGGUCCAUAACAACCUGGUGGGCAAACUCCUGUAUGCUGUGGAACACGACCGUCUCCACCAGAGCCACUUCUCUGUGGACACAGCAGCCAUGGCAGGCUUGGCAUUCACCUGUCUGAAGCGCUCAAACUUCAACCCUGAUCAGAGACACCGGAUCACCAUGGCCAUCAGGACAGUACAAGAGAAGAUCUUGAAGGCCCAAACCCCCGAGGGCUACUUUGGGAAUGUCUACAGUACCCCAUUGGCAUUACAGUUACUCAUGACCUCCCCCAUGUCCGGCGCAGAGCUGGGAACAGCAUGUCUCAAGGCAAAGGUUGCUUUGUUGGCCAGUCUGCAGGACGGAGCCUUCCAGAAUGCUGUCAUGAUUUCCCAGCUGCUGCCCGUGCUGAACCACAAGACCUACGUUGAUCUGAUCUCCCCAGACUGCCUGGCACCACGAGUCAUGUUGGAACCAGCCACUACGACCCUUCCUCAGAUCCAAGACCCUGAGACCAUCAAUGUCACACUUCAGGUGCUCAGCCUUUUGCAGCCGUACAGACAAGCCAUCCCUGUCCUUGCCGGCUCCUCCCUGGAAGAUGUCUUGAAGAAGGCCCAUAUGUUAGGAGGAUUCAUAUAUGAAAAACAGGCCUCCUUGUCAGGCCCCUACCUGACCUCUGUGAUGGGGAAAGAGGCCGGGAAAAGGGAGUUCUGGCAGCUCCUCCAAGCCCCCAACACCCCCCUGCAGCAAGGUAUUGCUGACUACAGACCCAAGGAUGGAGAAGCCAUUGAGCUGAGGCUGGUUAGCUGGUAGCCCCUGAACUCCCUCAUCCCGGCAUCCUCGCAUACUCCCUGGGCUUCUACCCUCCCUCCUGAUGUCCCUGGAACUGGCACUCGCCUGACCCUGCUGCCACCUCAUGUGCACUUGGAGCAAUGCCCCCCGGGACCACCCCAGCCACAACCCCUUUGAGGGUCCUAUACCAGGGCCCACCCUGGAACAGGGAGCCAAGCACCUGCCCUGGGAAGUCUUUCUGGCCACGUCUGGCCAGCCUGGCCCUGCAGGUCUCCCAGGAAGGCCACCCCAUGGUCUGACGGGCAUGAAGCAUCUCAGACUCCUUGGCAAAAGGAAAAGGAGUCUGCAGGCCACAGAUGUUGUGAGGGUCACUCAUUCUGGGGUUGGGGUCCUGCCAGAGGCCUCCUCAGCCCAGGGGCUAUGGCCCUGACCCCAGCUCUCCACUCCGCUGUUGGAGUGGCAGCUCCAAGCUGAUUGUGGCACAGUUGCUGGGGAGGCCUCAGCACAGCUGCUCAGUGCCCGCCUCUGAUGCAAUUAAAGCAUUGAUGGCCUGUGGGCCUGCUGCAGUG